AUGUUUAAAACCUUCAGCUGUCGCAUUUUAAUGCUUUUGGUCGUGUACCAAAUCAACUUAUCACAUGCCAUUGGAGUUAUUGGCGGUGUAAAGACAACUAUUACGGAUCAUCCAUAUGUGGUUUCUCUGCAAUUGGCCAACGGCACACAUGUUUGUGGUGGUGCUCUAAUUAAGAAGAAUAUUGCCGUCACAGCUGCACAAUGCUUCGUUUUUCAGGAUCCCAGCCAGCUUUAUGUACGUCUUGGCACUGGCAAUUAUGCUACUGAUGGCGAACUCAUAUCAAUUAGUUCUUAUAUAAUCAAUGAGAAUUUCGAUUUUACCACCAUGGACAGUGAUGUGGCCGUAUUGAAGUUGGUGAAAAAUGUGGCAAAAUCAUCAGCGAAGCGUGAGAUAAAGGUGGCUGGAGAAAAACCGAAGACCGACAGAAGUGGCGUGGUCACCGGUUGGAGUCAAAGUCGACAAUUGGAAGAUGUGACUGUGCGCAUAAUUAAUGCAAAGAAAUGCAGAUCCGGGGAAUAUGUUUACAAUGAAGACGAUAUAACGGAUAACAUGUUUUGCGCUCAGGCCUAUAAUAGGUACGUUUGCGGUGGUGAACCGGGUAGUCCUUUGGUGUAUAAGAAGAAGUUGAUCGGUUUGGUAUCAUGGGGUUAUGGUUGUGGCAAUGUAGGCAAUCCAGCCGUAUACACAAAUGUAAAUAAGCUACGAAAAUGGAUCAAAAAGACGAUAAAAAAGCUGUAG